UCUGGGGAAGAGUAGAUGGCGAGACCUGUCAGCGAUCCAAGAGGGCGGACACAGACUCUCUAACCAAGAUAAUAGUUGACAGAAGCUAUCAAGACUGCGACAAUUAAAUAUUAAAUUCUUUCUAAAUUUUUUUUACUUUCAUUGUAUUUAGUGAAUUCUCUAUUAUUCUAACAUUUAAAUUUAAAAAAGAUUGUGGCGUUUUGUUUUAAAUUACAAAUAUCAACGAUUAGCCAUGGGACCAAUGAUAUUUAUCUUUGCUGUAUUAGCACUCCAAAGUGCAACAGCUCAUGAUGAAAGUAUUCAUACAAUUCAAUAUAAUGAAGAGAGUUUUCUAACUGAAGUUCCAAAGAAAAAUCAUUUUAUCAUGUUCUAUGCUCCAUGGUGUGACCAUUGUCAGCAACUUAUGCCAACUUGGGAUAUUUUAGCAGAAACGUUAAAUGGAAAAGAUGAUCGUGUUUACAUUGCCAAAGUCGAUUGCACUACAGAUAGUUCUAUUUGUACUGAACAUGAUGUCACUGGUUAUCCAACGCUCAAAUUCUUUAGAAUGGGAGAAAGUGAAGGAGUUAAAUUCAGAGGAACAAGAGAUUUACCUUCAUUGAAAAAUUUCAUAAAUGAACAGUUAGGAAGUGUACCAGAGGAAAAUGAAAUAAACAUAGCAGUUCCAGAGGCUGUCAAUGGAUUAACUGAGUUAACAGAAUCUACGUUUAAAAAUCAUGUAGCCACCGGGUUUCAUUUUGUUAAAUUUUACGCUCCAUGGUGUGGACAUUGUCAAAAAUUGGCUCCAACAUGGGAGGAACUUGCUAAAAGUUAUAGUUAUGAUACAACAGUAAAAAUUUCCAAAAUCGAUUGUACUCAAUAUCGAUCUAUCUGUGAUCAUUAUGAAAUUAAAGGAUAUCCUACUCUUUUAUGGAUUGAGAAUGGUAAAAAAGUUGAUAAAUACUCAGGAUCUAGAUCCCAUGAAGAUUUGAAAAAAUACAUUGCACAAAUGCUCCGUAAAAAUAGUGAUAAGAAUGAUGAUGAUGGUGAUGAUACAAUGAAUGAUAAUAUUCAAGCAGUUUUGAAUUUAACUGGAGAAUCAUUUGAACAUGGAAUAGAAAAAGGAGUUACAUUUAUUAAAUUCUUUGCUCCGUGGUGUGGUCAUUGUAAACGUUUGGCACCUACAUGGGAAGAGCUUGGCAAAAAAUUUAUUGACAAUCCAGAUGUUCAUAUCGUUAAAGUUGAUUGUACGUUAUCAUCAAAUAAGCAGUUAUGUGAUGAGCAAGAGGUUGACGGUUUCCCAACACUUUUCUUAUACAGAAAUGGUAAGAAAAUUGCCGAGUACAAUGGGUCACGUUCUCUUGAAAAUCUCCAUGAGUUUGUCACAAAACACUUUGGAUCUCAUGAUGAGCUUUAAUUUUAUUUUCAUGUUCUGUCAAUUUGUUCUUAAAAAAGACGAAAUUUAUAUUACAUAAUCUAGCUAGUAAGAUUAAUAAUCCUAUAUAAUUUUUAUAAAAAAAUCAAUUUGAAAAUUAAAAAUGAUUCUUAGCCAGUUUUUGUUAUCAAUACGAAUAGAUAAAAACUUUUUUUUUCAUCUUUUAUACAAUAUUCUUGUGAUGAGUCAUUAUUAUCUCAGUGAUAUGUUUAAUUUAAACUAUAAUGAAAUAUAAUACAAAAACUGGUGUAACCAUUCUGGACAUGAUCAAAUGAAUUUCAUGACAUUAUAGAUUAUGAUUAUUUAAAAAAUUUAUUAUUUUUACAAUUAAUAUAGUAUUGACAUUGAAUAAUAAUUGAUAACUAUAUUGUGAAGGAAUUGUGCUUCCUGAUUUUAUUCAUAGUACAUCUGAAUAGUUUGAUAAAUCUAAAUAUUUAUGAAUCAAUAUCGAAAAACAAUCAUUCCGUUUGCUUUGCAAAAUUAAAUAAUAUUUUUUUGUUUGAAAAGUAUUCAAUCAUAUAGCAUGUUCUUCCAAAUUAGAUAUGUAAUUUUAGUUUGAAGAGGUAUUUCCAUGAAAAAAUUUCCAUUUAUACUUAAAAAAUGACAUAUUGCUCUCUUGAUUUAAUAAACUAAAGUAAGCGACCAGUUUUUGUAAUCA